UGUUUGGAAAGUUAAGAGUGCAAACACUAAGGGGGUGAAUGUGGAGGUUGAGGGAAGUAGGAUGGGAGAAUUUCCAGGUGGACUUGAGUGAGGGAAGUUGGGAGGAUGAACGUUUGAAUGGUGUGGAUGAGCUGAGUGAUAGGUUUGUUGAGAAUGUAAAGAAUGCAGCAGCCAGUCGGAUAGGGUAUGAGAGAACGGGUGCCAAAAGGCAUGCAUGUAAGCAGUGGUGGAAUGAUGAGAUUAGGGAUGCCAGGAGAGACUAUAUAGGGUCUGCAGGCAACUGAGAAUGAGGCAUGAGUGAGGAGGCAGAAAGUGAGUACCAGAAUUCAUGGAUGGCAUAUGUGAAUCGGCAACGAGUGGCUAAAUGUGAGUUAAUGAAUGCUUAAGUUAGGUGUGAGAGAAAGGUCAUUCAAUUCCUGAGAGAAAGGUGUGGAAGGUGGCUGAGAAUGGUACAGGUUCCUGAGGGGUGAGGGGAUGCGUGACGGUGAAAAUGUGGAGAGCUUGGGGUGAAUGGGGCACUGGUGACAAAGAAAUGAGAAGGAUGAUUAAAGAGUUUUGGGAAGAGAUUGGAGGUGUAGGUGAGGUAUCUGGUGUGAGAGAAGGAUGUGCGACACUGGAAAGGAAGGAUGCAGAUGAAAUGAGUGAGAAUCAGCAAGGAGGAGGUGAAAUGUGAGGCAGAAAAAUGGGAAGGCAGCAGGGCCAGAUGAGAUACCGUAUGAAAUGUAUAGAAAUGGAGGGGAAGUUGUGAUAGAAUGACUGAGCUAUUUAACCAAGUGUGGGAAGAGGAAAGAGUGCCAAGGAUGUGGAAUGAAUGCAAGGUGAUUGUUGCAUAAGGGAGGAUAUAAGAGCAAGGAUGAGUUGCAAUAUAGACCAAUAGCGUUAUUAAAUACAGUUGGGAAAGUAUCUAGUGCAGUGCUGAAUGAGAUUGUGCAAAUGGAUUGAAAGAGCUGGAGUGUUAGGUGAAGAGCAGAAUUGUUUCCGGGCGGGCAGAGCAGAUAACUUGUUUGUGGUGAAUGAAAUGAUUAAAAGAAGGAUGGUAGUAAAUUCUACAUAGGUCUUCUAGGCAUAGAGAAGGCAUAUGAUAGGGUAAGUAAAUACUUGCUAGUCCUAGAAGAGAUUGGGUUGAGCGCAAAGAUGGUUAACAUGGUGAGAAGAAUGAGAAGAAUGAAUACAGGAGUCAAUGUGGAGAAAAAGAUGUGGUCUUGUAUGCAGAUGACAUUGUAAUUGAGUGAAUCACAUGAGUUUCGAAGCUUGUUGAAUGCUGUAGAUGAGUAUGGUAAAGACUUUGGGGUAAGUUUUAGCAGUGAGAAGAGCAAGGUGAUGAUUGUGAACAGGUCAGAGGGUGAGAGUCAGUGUGGAGACUGGGAGAGAAUGAGGUGCAACGGACUGAUGAAUACAAGUAUCUGGGGGAUAUGGGCGAGUUCAAAUGGCUGUGUGAAGGAAAAGAAUGAAAAGGUAAGCAUGGUAAACUAGUGGGUCGGUCGACUAGGAAGCGCAGCAAGGAUAAGAACUAGUAAAUUAUGUGCUACGAGAAGUUUGGAAGAGCGUAGCUGUUCCAAGCAUUAUGUAUGGUAUAGAUGUGAUUGUGUGAAAUGAAAAUGAACUAGAGGAAUUGGAAGUAGGACAGAAUAGAGUAGGAAGAAUGGCACUGAAUGCACCAAGGUAUGCAGCGAUAGAAGCCCUGAGGGGAGACAUGGGCUGGAGUACGUGUAAGCCACGUCCACACGGUCGAGCAGUGUUCGUCGAGCACGAAGGCUUUGCCCGUGUACGAUCCGUUUCAGCGAGCAAACCAUCAAACUGUCCGCUCCCGGCGCCAUUAGAGGCCAGUGGAUAGUCCAGGAUGGAGGUCUUCUGUCACUGCCAAACGCACAAGUAUGGCGCGCACCAUGGUGAUCGUACCGUACUGAACCACUCGCUCAACUCCUGCUGGCGUCCGACUGCCCUCCAACCACCACGGACAGCCGUGUGGAUACCUUACGCGGGCAUAGUCUGCAGACUUUGCCUUGUCAGGCACAGCCUGCCAGCCAUAGCUCGACCGUGUGGACGUGGCUUAAUAAUAGUCAACGUUGAGGAGUGGCCGUUACAAAGGCCUGACUCGGGAGCAAUCCUGUGUCACCUGUAACAUCAAGAUCAAGAUUUACAUGUUGGUAGUGCAAGUGCAGGAUGAGAGGGAGUGGCUGCACCAGCCUGAGUGGUGCCAAGAUCACGGACAUCAGGAAGAAAGUAGAGGAAGAAGCAGCCAGCAUGGAGGACGGGAUGCUGAUCAUCCAAGGAGGUGGAAACGGCCUAGAAUAUGUUGAAGAUGAGACGGUGAGGAAUGUUGUGGAUGCCGUGAGGAGUGUGGAAGGCAAGGGCAUGAGUGUGGCCGUCGUGGGUGUCAUGCAGAGACCCAGGGAAGGCCCGUUCUACGAGCGUCUGAGAAGAUCCACCAACAGAAGACUGCAAGAGGAGCUGCUGGAAAUGAAGAUAGAGUGGAUGAAGGAGAAAAAAGGCAAGGUGAGCUUCAUCGACAUGGACGGCGUGGUAGACCGGUUCAGCUUGUAUGAGAAGGACGGCGUGCACCUGAACGACGCAGGGACUGCCAGGAUGGGUCGACGGCUGUGUGAGUGGGUGAGGGCGAGGUCGCUGCAGCCGAUGGACCAGUGACGGGAGACGACAAAAGCACGCCAGGAAGAAGACACCAGCCAGGCAAGUGAGAGUGUGAGGAUUGGAUGCAUGAAUGUGAGAGGAUGGGGUGUGGGUAAGUUUGAGGAUAUUUCCAGGGAGCUCCAGGAAUGGAAGUUCGACAUAGUCGGGCUUACAGAGACGCACCUGAGAGGUGAGGUACAAAUGGAAGGAUGUGAGUUUGCUAUGAUUGGGAAGGGACGUAAGACUCAGGAGACACAGGGAGGAGGCGUAGCCUUUCUCUAUAGGAAAGAAAGUGGACUGAAAGUAGAGGAGCUUGGUGUGGGAACGUGUGAGAGCAGUGAGGAUGUGUUGGCAGUGAGAGUGGAGUGCACAGAUGGUCGGGGCAGAGUGGAGAAGAUGGUUCUGGUGGUGGUGUACAUGACUGUCAUGGGUGAAAGAGCUGAGAGGGAGAACAGGAGGAAGUAUGACAUACUGAAGAGAGUUGUGAGAGAACAUGGAGGGGAGAGAGUGCUGGUGAUGGGUGAUAUGAAUGCACAUGUAGGAAUUCUGGGAGAACGUGUGAACAGGAAUGGUGAGAUGCUUGGGGAUUUUGUGGAUGAAAUGGAGUUAGAGAAUCUGAAUGUAACCUUCGCUGAGGGACGUGUGACUUGGAGUGCAAGGGAGCAGGAGUCAGCGAUAGACUGUGUUGGUGAAUGGAAGAAUGCGUGAAAUUGUCACACAUGUGGAUAGAUGAGGAUGGUAUGGUGGAUAUUGUGUCUGAUCACAAUAUGCUGGUUGUGGAGUGCCUGUUGCAUGGUAGGAAAGAAGUGAAAGUGGCGAGUAAGAAGAGAAAGUGGAGACCGAGAGAUGUAGGGUGAGAAAACUUCCAGGUGGACCUGAGUGCAAGAAGCUGGGAUGAUGGAGGUAUACAUGAUGUGAGCACGUGAAAUGAGAGACUGGUAGAGGAUAUGCGGAGUGCUGCAGAGAGCAAGAUAGGGUAUGUGAGAGUAGGAAGAAGAAAGUACGUAAACCAUGGUGGAAUGAUGAAAUCAGAGGCUAGAAAGGAGCGAAAGAGGAGAAGUAGACAGUGUAGGUGGCUGAGGAAAGAGGCAUGAAAGUGAUGAGGUAGAGAAUGAGUACCAGAAUGCAUGGGAAAUGUAUGUAAAGCAGCAGAGAAUAACAAAGCGAAUGAUAGUGAAGGCCAAAGUAAAGUAUGAAAGGAGUGUGAUUGAAUCUUUGAGAGAAAGGCAUGGAAGGUGGCCGUGAAUGGUACAAGUUCUUGAGAGGUGAGAAUAUGGCAGACAGUGUUGGAGUGGAGAGUUUGAAGGUGAAUGGUGAAGUUGUAACAGAGAAGGAAGGAAGGAA